AUGAGCGACGAGUACCGAGCGUUAAAGGACGUUUUUGCCGGCACGAUGGGCGGCAUCGCGCAGGUCCUGGUUGGCCAGCCUUUUGACACCACCAAGGUGCGUAUCCAGUCAGCUGAGGGCCACGUUUCGCCCAUCUACGUGUUCGGUGUCAACGAGUUCAUGAAACGCACGUUUUCGAGUCUGAACGGCCCCGGAAAUCCGAUCACCAUGCCUCAGUUUUAUGCGUGCGGAGCAGCAGCAGGAUUUGCAAACGGUUUUAUAGCCGCACCAAUUGAGCACAUCAGAAUUCGACUGCAAACGCAGACCACCGGUGCCAGGGCGUUCAACGGGCCUUUGGACGUGGUCAGGAAGCUGUACCACGCCGGCGGCAUCAAGCUAAUCUACAGGGGUCUGGGGCCCACGCUCGCGAGAGAAAGUCUGGGUAGCGGAGCAUAUUUUUUGACUUUCGAAGCUCUUGUGAAAAACGAGACCGAGUCGCGGAAUAUCGCCAGAAAGGACAUCGAAAACUGGAAGCUCUGUGUGUUUGGAGCGCUGGCGGGCUACGGCAUGUGGCUCAGUAUCUAUCCGAUCGAUGUGGUCAAGUCCAACAUGCAGACGGACAACUACAAGAAGCCGGUUUAUAGAAAUGCUGUGGACGCAUUUAGGGGUAUCUGGAGACAGAGCGGUGCGUGGGGGCUCGUCAAAGGGUUCUCGCCGACGAUUCUGAGAGCUGCGCCGGCCAACGCGGCGACUUUCCUGGCCUUCGAAAUUACCAUGCGGUACCUGAAUUAA